CACAUCUCACUCAUUUCGUCUGCAAUCUUGAUCAGUUGAAACCAAAGCUUUCGGUUGCAUGUGAACCAACUUUCAGUCUUUGUGAACGCAGAAAGAAACCAACAGAGAAACCAUGGGAAACUCCCAUCCUCAAAACAAAACUGGUCGGAAGGUCGUCGAACAAAAAUUAGAGAACGCAAAAAAAACCGGAGUUCUUUCGCUUUGUGAACACAAAUUAGAAACAUGUCCCAAUCAGGUAUUUGAGUAAGUUCAGCAUUUAAAUUUAUCCUGAAUCUAUCAAACGAAUAAACUUGAUAAGCUUCUCUGUGUUUGCUAGUAAGAAGCUCGCUUGAUUCACUUUUUCAACUUCGCAUCUGAAUAAACAAUUUCCUCUCUCAAAGAAUUUCAAAGCUUACGACGCUCGAUCUGUCUAAGAACAAGCUCGUGAAACUCAAUCCAAAACUAUCGACUCUGAAAGUUCUCAAAUCACUGAAUGUAGACAACAAUAAGCUUAUGCCUGGAAGUAUGACUCCUAUAUCAUCGUUGACAAAACUAAAGACACUUUCUGCAAGCAACAAUCUACUAGGUCGUCCUGUCACCAACAAAAACAGCAAAGCUCCUGCAGCUCCCAGUACUGCGAAAAAUACUGACAUAUUGCCAACUCCAUUGCCCAAAGGCCUUAGAACAAUACUGCUUUCGAACAACUCGCUGACCACGAUACCCCGGAGCAUUGUCAACAACAGCAACCCUUUGAAAUUAUUAGAAAAACUCGAUCUUUCCUUCAACAAUCUCGCUACAGUUCCGGAAAGCAUCGCCAAUUUAGUAGCUCUUAACGAUUUGAAUCUCGACAGCAAUGUGAUUGUCAGCUUGCCCCCGGCCAUCGGAAAACUAAAAAGACUGAAGGCCCUAUCACUGCGAAACAACCACAUCUCGUCUGCAACUACUCCCCAACCCUUGCCGGAAGAACUCUGGACAAACACGUUGUUGAUCGAUAUGAACUUACACGGCAAUCCAAUGACGAGCACGCAACUCAACUCGAUGGAUGGAUAUGACGCUUUUCUGUCGCGGCGUCGGGAGGUCAAGAACAAGGACAUACUGGGCGGUGCCCUUACCGAUCUAGAUGGAUGUGGUUUGAAAUAAAAAUAAUCGCGCAUUUUUUGUAAAUUACGACCACAAAUGCCGUAUGGAUAGACGUACAACCAAUGUAAAAUAAAGUGAGAGAUUAAGC